UAAAAAAGGAAAUUUAAAACAACACAUGCGAACACAUACCGGUGAGAAACCAUUCAGAUGCAGCCAAUGCUCGGUCUGUUUCGCUCAAAAAGGAACGUUAUUAAAUCACAUGCGAACACAUAUCGGUGCGAAACCAUUUACUUGCAGCCAGUGCUCGGUUUGUUUCGCUGGAAAAGGAGAUUUAAAACAACACUUGCGAACACAUACUGGUGGCAAACCAUAUAUUUGCAGCCAUUGCUCGGCUUGUUUCGCUCUAAAAGGAAAUUUAAUACCACACAUGCGAACACAUACCGGUGAGAAAUCAUUUACUUGCAACCAUUGCUCGGUCUGCUUCACUCGAAAAGGAAGUUUAAUACGACACAUGCGAACACGUACUGUUGAGGAACCAUUAAUUACUUGUAGCUAUCGCCCUGCACGUUUUGCUGAGUGAGGUAGUUUAAAACGACACAUGUGAACAAACUCCGGAGAGAGACCAUUUACUUGCAUUGAUUGCUAGGCCGGUUUUGCUCAAAAAUAAUAUAUAAUUCGGCAUGUGAGCACGUUCUGGUUAGAAAUCAUUUUGUUGCAGCCAUUGCUCAGUGUGUUUCGCUGAAAUAGGAAAUUUAAUUUAAUACAUACGAACAAGUACGAGUAACAAUUUUUUUAGUUACAGCCGUUGCUCGGCUUUCUUUGCUCAAAAAGGUAAUUUUAUAUAAUAAAUGUGAACACAUGUGAUUCUGAAACUGAACAGGUGUACGUAUUUUUCUGCCUAUUUUUAUCACACGAGUCGUUUAAAGUAUCCUGUCUGAACGUAUAGCGGUGAGAAACUUUUCUGCUGCAGUCUUUGAUUCGUUUCCUUUAUUGUAACUGGUCUUUGACUAAACAUAUGAAUAAGAACACUUAUUGUCGAGCGAC